CGUGGGACUGUGCGGCGCGGGACAGGGCCGGCCAGUGCGCUCCGUCAGCCUCGCCGCGGUGGCCCCCAAAGCACCCCAGCCAUGAAGCCCAACUUCUCUCUCCGGCUGAGGGUUUUCAACCUCAACUGCUGGGACAUUCCCUACCUGAGCAAGCAUAGGGCCGACCGCUUGAAGCGCUUGGGAGACUUUCUUAAUUUGGAAAGCUUCGACCUGGCUUUACUGCAGGAGGUGUGGAGUGAGCAGGACUUCCAGUACCUAAGGCAAAAACUAUCGCUCACCUACCCAGAUGCACACUACUUCAGAAGCGGAAUCAUCGGCAGCGGCCUCUGUGUGUUCUCCAGACAUCCAAUCCAGGAAAUUAUCCAGCAUGUCUACACUCUCAAUGGCUACCCCUACAUGGUCUAUCAUGGAGACUGGUUCUGUGGGAAGGCUGUGGGGCUGCUGGUGCUCCAUCUGAAUGGACUGGUGCUCAAUGCCUACGUGACCCAUCUACAUGCUGAGUACAGUCGACAGAAGGACAUCUACCGAGCACACCGUGUGGUCCAAGCUUGGGAACUGGCCCAGUUCAUCCACCACACGUCCAAGAGUGCAGAUGUGGUUCUGUUGUGUGGGGACCUCAACAUGCAUCCCAAAGACCUGGGCUGCUGCCUGCUGAAAGAGUGGACGGGGCUCCGGGAUGCCUAUGUGGAGACUCAGGACUUUAAGGGCUCUGAAGAUGGCUGUACCAUGGUACCCAAGAACUGCUAUGUCAGCCAGCAGGACCUGGGUCCAUUUCCACUUGGCAUCCGCAUUGACUAUGUGCUUUACAAGGCAGUUUCUGGGUUCUACAUCUACUGUAAGACUCUGAAAACCACUACAGGUUGUGACCCCCACAAUGGCACCCCCCUCUCUGAUCAUGAGGCCCUCAUGGCCACUUUGUAUGUGAAGCACAGCCCCCCUCAGGAAGACCCCUGUCCUGCCCCUGGACCAGCUGAACGGUCAGCCCUGACCAGUGUGCUAAGGGAGGCGUGGACAGAGCUGGGGCUAGGCAUAGCUCAAGCUCGCUGGUGGGCUUCGUUCACUGGCUAUGUGAUUGUCUUAGGGCUGUUCCUCCUGGUGUCACUAUGUGUCCUGGCUGCAGAAGAAGGGGCCAGGGAAGUGGCCAUACUGCUCUGGACACCCAAUGUGGGGCUGGUGCUGGGGGCAGGUGCAGUUUACAUCUUCCACAUGCAGGAGGCCAAAGGCCUGUGUCGGGCCCAGACUGAACUCCAGCAUGUUCUGAGAAGGGAAAAGGCAACCCAGGGCCUAGACUCAGAGCCUCACCCAGCCCCGCUGCUGACAGCAGGAGGUGGGCAGAGCUGAAGAACAAUAAAACUGACACACUGCACUGGC